AUGCAGAGAGGCACGCCAGUGAGAAAGCCACACACCAACACCUCCGAUCUCCUCACUUGGUCGGAAACUCCUCCGCCAGAAUCCGCCGCCACCGUCGCCUCCGCCACCCGCUCUGGCCAGCCUUCCGAUAGAAUCAGCAAGGUUCUCCAUGGCGGCCAGCUCACCGACGAAGAAGCUCAGACGCUAGCCAAGAGCAAACCAUGCUCAGGGUAUAAAAUGAAAGAAAUGACUGGAAGUGGUAUAUUUUCUGCCAAUGGGGAAGAUUCUGCAUCAGAAGCCAAUUCUGCAAAUUUGAAUAACAGAACAAGCAUACGCAUGUGUCAGCAAGCGAUGAAUGGAAUUAGUCAGAUAUCAUUCAGCACCGACGAAAGCAUUUCUCCUAAAAAGCCUACCUCAAUACCUGAGGUAGCAAAGCAGCGUGAACUGAGUGGAACUAUGCAAAGUGAUUCGGACACAAAGAGUAAGAAGCAAAUAUCAAAUGCCAAGACCAAGGAGCUCAGUGGAAAUGACAUAUUUGGCCCUCCUCCUGAAAUCCUGCCCCGUUCAGUUGCGGCUGCACGCACUUUGGAAUCAAAGGAAAGUAAAGACAUGGGAGAGCCUCUUCCUAGAAAUCUGCGAACAUCAGUGAAAGUUUCAAAUCCUGCAGGUGGCCAAAGUAAUAUCUUAUUUGGUGAAGCACCAGUUGAGAAGACGGCAAAGAAGAUACAUAACCAGAAGUUUGCGGAGCUGACAGGCAAUAAUAUUUUCCAAGGAGAUGUUCCUCCAGGCUCAGCAGAGAAGCCUCUGAGCAGGGCUAAGCUCAGAGAAAUGACUGGCAGUGACAUAUUUGCUGAUGGAAAGGCAGAAAUCAAAGACCCUGUGCGAGGUGCCCGGAAACCCCCUGGUGGAGAGAGCAGCAUUGCCUUGGUUUAAGUUAAUUUUAACUUACAAAAAUACUAGCAAUAUAUUCUCUAAUAUAUUUUUUCUGACAUACUUUCUAUUGAUAGAAAUUCGCGUGAGUCUUACUAAAAAUGUGAGUCUCAUCCACAAACAAGUGAAACUCACAUGAAUUUCAGUCAAUGAAAGAAAGCAGAUAAAAAAAUGUAUUGAAAAAUGUGUUGUUAGCAUUCUUCUUUAACUUAUCCCCCUUUGACUUAGGCAUUCUAUAAAUUCGUCUGAACUUCCAUGUUUUUCAGUAGAAGGGUCAGUGUGUUCGAUUAUCAGCAUUGUAGGUUUCAACUUUCAAUGAACGUGGCAUAAUCUUACUUUACAUUUGAAUGAUGAAACAUGAAAUCGGCCCCUCUUGGACGAGGAUUUUGUGUUCAUUUA